AUUGUGGAAAGGCUCAGAGAGGUUUAGUUACUCUGUUUAGCUUCUUCAACGUCACGGGUUCGAUGCCCCAACUUCACAAACUGACGAAACGUUAUCUUCUUCUCAAAUUUCUGAUUCUCUGAGAUUUCCCCAAUUUUUCAUCUUCUUCGAGUGAUUAGUACAGAUUAGGGUUUUAUUCGUUAUUAUUGUCUAUAUUACUCCUUGAUUGUGGUCGAUGACCUCGCUACUUCUUCUCAGAACGCUUCCGCUUCUCCGCAACGGAUUUCUCAACCAUCGUCAUCAAGUUGGUAUCGUAGCUGGUGGAAUUCUCAGUCACCGUCGGCGUUUGUUGUGUUCUCUUGCUGAUAGACCACAGUUUUACGAGAAUAAUGAUUCUGUUUCUCCGGUGGAGGGAUCCGGCGCGGCGGCGAUGAACGUGACAUCGCCUGUUGUUGAUAAUAGCUGGCGUUAUGAAGAUCCUGAUUAUCGGAAAUGGAAGAAUCUAGAGGCUGAGAUUCUUCGAGAUAUUGAACCUAUUUCUCUUCUCGCUAAAGAAAUUCUUCAUUCCGAUAGGUAUUUGGAUGGAGAACGCUUAGAUUUUGAGGAUGAGAAAAUUGUCAUGGAAAAGCUUCUUCCUUAUCACCCAUAUUCCAAAGACAAAAUUGGUUGUGGUCUUGAUUUUAUAAUGGUUGAUCGGCAUCCACAAUUCAGGCACUCAAGAUGCCUCUUUGUUGUGAGAACAGAUGGUGGAUGGAUAGAUUUCUCGUACCAAAAGUGUCUUCGAGCCUAUGUUCGAGAUAAGUACCCGUCUCACGCUGAGAGGUUUAUUCGUGAACAUUUUAAGCGUGCUAGUAGCUAAAAAUCUGUAUAACUGUCCCACUCAUCAUCACAGCAAAUUCUCAUAAAUUUUUAGCUGAAAUAACACAAUCAGCUAUGAAGCUUUGUUGUACAAAAUUUAUAAAUUGCUCAAUCUAUUGGAAGACUUGAAUGAGUUAGGAAAAUAGUAGUUGGUUCAGACUGCAGAACAAUCAAUUUUUGAGACCGAAAGUAAUUCUAGUUAUGGAAUACAAUAUUUGCAUGUUGUAAAAUCUUUUUAGCUGAAACUUCGAACAUCCUUUGCAAGUAAAAAUAUUGUCACUUCAAACUUUCGAAGUAGCUAGAGAAUUUCCAAAGUCUAAACUGUCAGAGAGCAAAGCCCAAAAUGAACAAUCUCAAAAAGAAACCCAAACCAGUACGCUUUGUAAUGUUUCCAAACGAUGAGGAUAAGAGAAGAAUCUACCUUAUUCCAACCCAUAAUUGACUCCAUAUAUAUAACUCAU